AUGGUGCCCCAGGGCCGCCAGAGCAAGACGCACCUGAGCGCGACGGAGAUCUCGCACGCGCGCGACGCGUUCCUGAAAUUCGACCGCAACGGCGACGGCGAGAUCGACGUCCACGAGGCCGCCGCGGGGCUCGGCGUGUCCUUCGACGACGCCAAGGUGCUCGUCAUGGCCGUCGACGAGGACGACAGCGGCACGGUCUCCUUCUCGGAGUUUCUGAUGAUGCUCUGCCUGCGCGGCCACGGCGUCCACGGCGCGUGGGGCGCCAUCCGCCACUACAGCGAGUGCUUCGCGCGCCUCGACCGCGACGGCGACGGCGAGGUCGACUCGCGCGAGAUCCUGGCGGGCAUGCACGUCAUGGGCCUCAAGGCGACCGCGGCGGAGGUCGAGAAGCUCAUGGACCAGUUCGACGACGACGGCGGCGGGAAGCUGAACCUCUGCGAGUUCCUGAUGAUGCUGUCCGCGAAG